CAAUAAAAAGAGAUCAAAUUUUCAUAGACUUGUAGAAAUUCAAUUUACCCGUUUAUUAUUGUGAUAAGUAUAUUUGUGUCCCAUACAAAUUAGCAGGUUUGUACGCACAUACAUUUUGAAUUCUUAAAAGCAAGGUUGUCAACCCGGUUAGCAUGUUGGUUCAGUCGAGCAAGUGAGUUGAGAGUUGAUGGUCUGAUUGUUUUAGUCCGUGUUGAUCCAGAUAUAUGAAAAAAUUUAUUAUAUUGUUAAUAUAUUAUAUAUAAUAUAAUUCAUUAUAUUGUUAAUACAUUUAUAAAUUAUAUAAAAUAUUAUCUAACAUAUGAGUAAUAACAUAUAACAUGAUACCAAACUAAUAGUUCGUAAUUGAAUCCAACGCUAUAGAGAAAAUUCAAACACUCUCAUAUAGCAUCGAUAUUCAAGUGUUCAUUUUAGAAUUUCAAAGACAAUGUUAGGCGCGAAUGGGAAAACCGAAAAAAGAGAUGCAAUUCGCAAGUCAAAGUGAAAAACAAUGUCGUAUGAUCAUGCGACCUCAGAAACCUUGCCGCGGGUCUCUAUCUGCGGCAAAAGUGGUGCACAUUUUCCUCACAGGUCUUGUCACCCGGGUUGACCCUUGGCUUGACAACCUCGCUUAGAAGUGAAGAGGAAGUUGAUAAAAGCAUCAUGUUUCAUCUUCUAUCCAUGUUCCUGAGAAACGUUCGUCUUCCUCUUGUACAAGCUUCCUUAUUGUCCAAACUUCUUACUUGAACAAGCAUGACCUUGUAAAAUCACUCCCUACAAGAUGAAAAAUCAUCAAGCCCAAAAAAAGCAUCAUUAUAUAUAGAAUGUCCAUAAUCAAAGUUGUGCUCAUAUAUUUUCCACUGAUUUGGCCAUGAGGCAGGCAUAAACACGUACUUACACAAAAGUGUCACUAUGUACAGAAUGUCUAUAAUUAAUUAGUUCCACAAAUGAAUUUUGCCACGAAUCUGACUAUGAUGCCUAUGCUCCUUAUCAUAAACAUAUAAUUAUGCUAAGAACUACAAGGGGAAAUAAAAUAUCAUACACAUAGAGAAAUCCAAUUUACCAUGUUCCUUCACAUAUUCUGGUAAAUUACUAAUCUGGUUGCUUUUUUUUUGUUGUUGCAACUUGAGUGGUUUUUUCUUCUUCUUUCUUCUUGCCACCAUUGUUCGGUAGAGCAAGGAAUAAUAUAAAAUAUUUUGGGGUACAAAUAUGAAAGAAGCCAAAGAAGACACAGUUAAUUAAUCUAUAUUUUUGGGGAACAUGAAUUGUGAAUUUAUAGGGGAAUAUGAAUGCAUAUAUGGACAUAGAGAAAAUGGCAAGAAUAUAAAUUAUUCCUUUUGGUUUGUCAAGUGGGUUGGUAUAGGGGGGAAACGUGGAAACAAAUUGAUUAUCCGUUUUUGUUUUGAAGUGAGUAAACUUAUUUCCAUAAUUAAUUCCUUAAUAAGGUAAUAUAUUUGUAUUCAUAUUUUACCAAAUAAUUGGGUUUUUUUUGUGUGUGCAGCUGAUGACUUCAAGGUUUCAAUUGAGGAAGGGGUGAACUUUACACGAGAAUGGUGUAGGAAGAUGAAGACAUACACAAAGUUACUGCAAGGAUAAGGUAAUGCAAAUCAGUUAUGACUUAUAAAGACCUAAAACUCAACACUAGUCAAUAUGAUUCCAGUCAAAACCCUAGAUGCAUUGCGAAAACACUAGUCGUUGACACCACAACUUUUAGCUCAUAGGUCUCCAUAAACAAAAAAUUUAAUAUGAAAUUGGGAACAAAUUCCAAAUCAAAAUUAGCAACACCUAAAAAUGGUAAGACUCAAGGCUAGAGACCGCGUCUAGAAGGAUAUUAAACCACUAAAUUGAAAGAGAUUAACAAAAUGAUCGGAAAACCACCUUCGUUACAAAAAAUUUUGAGAAGUUGCAAUGAAAACUCUAGGAUUGCACACACUACCUUCAAGCUCUAUGAGGCUAUAUCCAAGAUGCCACACAAAUAAAUGAUGUGACUUAUUCGAAUCAUCACGUUCAAUCGUAUCAAACGAGGAGGAGGGUACACAAAUAAUAAGGGGAAGAAAGUGAAGAAAAUAUUGUACCUUGGUCAGUCAGUAGAGAAGAAAACUCGACGAAAAGAUAGAUGUGUAGAAUCAGAUUGGCGAAAAGAGAAAAACCAUUUCAUACAAAGAGGUUUGAUGAAGUUCACUUAGGGCGAGAACUAUAGAAAAGAGGGGGUUGUCGUUGGUUGCAUAAAAGACGUUGGCAAAAACUCCCAAAACAUAGAGGAGCUUGUUUGGCAAGAAGGACCGAUACUUUAUAUAGCGAGAGUGAGAAUUAUCAUGAUUUAAAAGAUAAGGUAAUAAAUCUUCAUUAUUUAUGCAUUGUUAUCUUCGAUAAGCGAUGUUACUUUCAAAGUUCAAAUCAACAUUUUGGAAUAUUUUUCAUCUUCUAAUGAAUAAGUCACAUUUUGAUAAUAAGGUAUGUUGGUUACGUUAGUUACUGCAUCACAUGAGUUGGCUCUGGCAUUGGCCGAACACACUUCUUUACAUUGUGAUAAUCACACAACCCUCUGCAAAGUUGUAAAUCAUGUUACUCUCUUUUGAUCAUUGAUAUAAUCUCAUAUGAUUAGGAAUACUAUUCCUAAUAAUAACUCAUUAGUAACCAUCAUGAAUAAUCUAUUAUCUACCAAAGAAUUGAGUUCUAAUUUACCUAGAAUUCAAAUUAUUUACAUUUAGAACUACAUUAUAGUCAAUAUAGGAGUCGUUGAUGACAUGUGAUAUACUUUCAUUGGAUAUGAAUGUGGAUCAUUUCAUUGCCUAGAUAGUCACUUUAAUGGCAAUGGAAUGUGGUUUUCUAAUUCUUGGAAUUAGAUUUCCAUGGAAAAAGGUGAAAUUGUCCAAUUCCAUAAUUCGUUUCAUCCACAAAAAUGAAAUUUAGAAGUAGGAAGAAGAAAAUAAAUACUAGGGAUUGUUGCCAUCAUCGUCUAUCAAGGAGGGAGAUUCCUCUCUAGUGUCAUCAAAUCCAUCGCACUUCAUAGUGUACGAGGAACGAGUUAUCACGCAAAUCAUCUAUGUGGUUUGUAACUUGACAACUCCUCUUUACAUCAUUUAAUUCCUUCUCUUUUCUGUUUUCUCUGUAAAUUUUUUCUUUCUAUUAUUAAUACUAUUUCACAAAAAAAAAACCUUAGUGACAUUAUCGAUAGACCAAACUCAUGUUCUUGAAACUGGUUUAUUGGACCACCGGAUAUAAGAAUACCACAUCAAUGUCAUAAUUAAGUGUUCCAUGAUCAUAUCCAACUAUUGUGAUAUACCUACUAUACUACCUAGAUUUGAGUCUAUGAAAUAUAACUUUGCAUAAUAGUUGUACACAUGGAACGAGAUAUGGUGCAUACCGCAUGCAAACCAAAGACAAAAAUGAUAUUGAAAAUAUUAUUCAGAUUAAUUAAACUCUGGAAAUUAAAAAUUUAUAUUACAAUAAAAUUCUAUCACCCUUAUAAUAAAAAAAAUCAAUCCCCGGCUCAUUGAGAAGAAAUAAAUUUGUUUUUAACGGGAUCGGAUAGCGUGACAACCCCUAAGUGGGUUGUCAGUUUCGCUUCCUUCCUUAUGGCCGUCCACCCCCCCCCCCCCCCCCUCCUUAUCUAACGGUGGUGAUCACGGCAAGGGCGUUUCCGGAAGCCUUUUGUAAUGUAAAUUUUUUGAAAAUAAGCAUAAAUGCACGGACUGCAAUUAUGCAGCGGGACCGGAUAGCGUGACAACCCUUUAGGGUGUUGUCAAUUUUGCUUCCCCCAUUUUUCCGUCCAUCCUCCUUUUUCAUUCGACGGUCAGGAGCACAAGAAGGGCUUUUUAGUAAGUUCUUAAUUCUAGUCAUUUUGAAUUAUCACUUAAAUGCAUGGAGAAAAUCUUGGAGCGUGAUUGGAGGGAGGUGAAGAGCUUGUUUCGGCUGGGACUCUUUCCCUUCCAUUUUUGGCUUCUCCCUCGUCAAACCAGAUCCCUCAUCAAACCAGAAAUUAGUAGCUCCGGAAAAUACCAGCGACGCGGCCGCCGCCAUACAAUGGACGACUACAUCAGCAACGACGACGACAGAGAAUGGGGUGGAGCUGAACCUAGUUGUUUAUUCGGCUUUGACCUAAACGUCCCAUUGACAAGCAACGGCGAGAAUACAUAUGAGAUCCGAGCUUAGCAGUCGGACCCAACGGAGAAUGGCGAUGUUGGCGACGUUUUGGACGUGGAGGAGCUGGUCAACGAAGACCAUCCGGAACGGGACAAAAUCACGGACAGCGUCCAAUAUGGCGUCAACAUGGAAAACAACGACCAUUUCGUACCGCAAUCAGGCGAUCACGCUGAUUCAGACGACAGCAUGGCGGAGAAUGGCGUCGACGGCAACAGUGGCGGUAGGGUUAACCUGUGUCGUUACGACUUCCGUUGCAUUUGUACCGUUUUAUUAGUGGUACAGAUAAUGUUUCUGCAAAAAUAUACUAGUAGUUAUGGUUCAAUUUAGUUAGUGGUAGUAUUACUGUAGAGGUAGGUACCUAGUGGAAAUCAUCUAUUGGUAGUCACGUACUGGUAGACACGUAGUCGUCUAGUGGUACUCCCUUAGUGUUAGUCAUUUAGUCGUAGUGAUUUAGUGGUAUCAACCAUCGUCCGUAGUAAUUUGAUAAAAAGUUCGAUUUGCUAAUGCAUCUGUUCUUUAUUUACAGGUUUGGUAUCAACCUUCAUCCCAUCAGACAGUUCAACGUGGAAUCACCUGCGUUUCCAGAACCAGGAUGAAUUUACAUGUUUUUACAAGAGUUAUGCUCAUGGAAGAGGCUUCUCGUCGAGAGUUACUACCAGACUUAAUAAUAGUAAACAAUGGUAUUAAUUUGGUACCAGUUGUAUUAAUAGUACCAAUGCCACUGAUUUUGUUCUAGACUGAGUAAUGGUAACAGGAGCAUAAUUGUGAUACUAGAACCAUUGAUCUAGUACUAGUAACAUUAAUUUGGUACCAUUCUUAUGCUUGGUACCAGUACAACUAAUUUGGUUCCAGACGGAGCAAUGAUUACUAACCGCAUGAUUUUGAUACGGAUACCAUUGUCUUGGUACCAGUAACAUUAAUUUCGUAACAGUACAACAAAAAUGGUACCAAUAAAGGGUUAUGUAGUUAAAAUAACUAGGGGGAAGGUACUAAAUAUUCACACUCAAACACCAACCCAAUUGUGCCAAUGUAGGCAACAGUAUUUUGUCUUAGAUCAAAUUAAAGACGACAGAUACCAAAAACAAUUGUUCAUACUUGGAAACCUACACGAAGCAAUUGAUUAUACUACUGCUGUAACACCUGUGUAUAUCCACGGUGAGUGCCUCGUGCAUAUCAGUAGCUUUAGCAAACAAACUUAGGAAAAAAUCCAAAACUACCACCGUUUAAAAAAAAUUACAAAAAUACCACCCAGACCAAAAAAUUUCCAAAAAUACCAUCAUUUAUUAAAAACCGCUCAUUAAAUGAGCGGUUUAAUAUAAAACCGCUAAUCCAGGCGGCGGUUACAGCGAAAAACACGCCCCAAAGGCGCGGUUUGACCUUGCAUGGCUGUCAAACCGUGUUGCCACGUGGCGGUGCAUCAAACCGCCAAUCAGAGGAGCGUUUAGACGGAUAAAACGUGUGCCAAGUCAGCAGUCCGUGUCGUCCACAAAAACCGCCUCCCCGAGACGCGGUUUGACCGUUGGGAAAAUGAAACCGCGUGUCUGACAUAAAAUCACAAAUGAGAAUGAAGAGUAAUUAAGUUACUAACAUAAAUUCACAAAUGACAAAUAUGCAAUGAAAAGUAAUUAAGUUACUAACAUAAAAUCACAAAUGACAAUGGAAAGUAAUUAAAUUACUAACAUAAAAUCACAAAGGACAAUGAAGAGUAAUUAAGUUACUAACAUAAAUUCACAAAUGACAAUGAAAAGUAAUUAAGUUACUAACAUAAAAUCACAAACGACAAUGGAAAGUAAUUGAGUUACUAACAUAAAAUCACAAAGGACAAUGAAAAGUAAUUGAGUUACUAACAUAAAUUAACAAAGGACAAUGAAAAGUAAUUACGAAACAAACUUACGAAUAAACGUUAAUCGCAAAA